AUGGGACCCAUCAAGGCUACAGGCUACAGGCUAUGGGACCCAUCAAGGUCCCAGUCUACAGACUAUGGACCCAUCAAGGCUACAGGCUAUGGACCCAUCAAGGCUACAGGCUAUGGACCCAUCAAGGUCCCAGUCUACAGACUGACUACAGACUAUGGACCCAUCAAGGCUACAGUCUACAGACUGACUACAGGCUAUGGACCCAUCAAGGUCCCAGUCUACAGACUGACUACAGACUAUGGACCCAUCAAGGCUACAGGCUAUGGGACCCAUCAAGGCUACAGGCUAUGGGACCCAUCAAGGUCCCAGUCUACAGGCUAUGGACCCAUCAAGGUCCCAGUCUACAGACUGACUACAGCCUAUGGACCCAUCAAGGUCCCAGUCUACAGACUGACUACAGCCUAUGGACCCAUCAAGGUCCCAGUCUAUAGACUGACUACAGCCUAUGGACCCAUCAAGGUCCCAGUUUACAGACUAUAUGGACCCAUCAAGACUACAGCCUAUGGACCCAUCAAGGUCCCAGUCUACAGACUAUAUGAACCCAUCAAGGCUACAGUCUACAGGCUAUAUGGACCCAUCAAGGUCCCAGUCUACAGACUAUAUGGACCCAUCAAGGCUACAGUCUACAGACUGACUACAGACUAUGGACCCAUCAAGGUCCCAGUCUACAGACUGACUACAGGCUAUAUGGACCCAUCAAGGUCCCAGUCUCUAGACUAUAUGGACCCAUCAAGGUCCCAGUCUACAGACUGA